GACUGGAUUCUGUACAGCAGACUGAGAAGAGCCUUUUCCCAAGCCCGUUCUGAGAACAUCUGAGAGCCUUUUCCUCUGCCUGUCUGCCAUUUGUGCAGGGAGCCAUGUGCACGGGAGGCUGCGCCAAGUGCCUGGGAGCCACCCUGAUCCCCCUGGCUGUGCUCUGCACCCUCGCCAACAUUUUACUGUUUUUCCCUGGAGGAAAAACCGUUGAAGACAGUACCCACAUCACAGAUGAGGUCUGGUACUUUGGAGGGAUUGUGGGAUCUGGUGUUUUGAUGAUCUUUCCUGCGUUGGUCUUUUUGGGCCUUCAGAACAGUGAUUGCUGUGGAUGCUGUGGCUGCAGGAGCUGUGGCAAGAGGUUUGCGAUGUUUUCUUCUAUACUAUUUGCUGCACUUGGGUUUCUGGGAGCUGGAUACUGCUUUAUUUUGUCAGCAGUAGCCAUAAACAGAGGCCCUAAAUGUAACACAGGAUCAGACUGGAACUAUCCUUUCAACAAUGGGGACUACCUAGGGAACCACACAUUGUGGGACAAGUGUCAGUCACCCAAAGACAUCGUCCCGUGGAACCUGACCCUCUUCUCCUUGCUGCUCAUCAUGAGUGGGAUCCAGGCAGUGCUCUGUGGCAUUCAGGCAGUGAACGGCCUGCUUGGAACACUCUGUGGGGACUGCAAAUGCUGCGGCUGCUGUGGGGGAGAUGGAACUGUCUAAAGAAUAUGAAUAUUGCAGACAACCCUCUUUGAGAGACUCCCUUUUGCAAUGGUUCCACAAAGCAGCCCUUGAUGCAUCACCUCUGGCUGAGAGGACGAGAAUGAAGAGCACUUCUCCCCACUAACGUUACGAAGCCCUGACUCCCUCUCUAGCCUUCCUGAAACCCCUCUCAUGGAAUAAACGAAGUGAAAUCCAACUCUCACAUUCAUAUUGUUCAACCUUCCCCACUGCACUCUGAGACAGAAGGGCCAGAGUGAAAGUGCUCCAGGCAGAGGCACACGGCCAUAGCCAUUUAUCCUCACAGCCAAGGAUGAACCACUGCUGUGGAUCCCACAGGUCUUGUUAGAGGGCAAGCCAAUGUCAGAGCAUCACCUGCAGACCCUGGCUCCAAACAACUGGUAAAUGAAGCCUCAUUUCUAGAAAGUCAAAUAAAUUUCCACCUCUUGGACACAAUAUAAAUUGGUACCCCCUGAGUGCAAAUGCUAUUUACUCAUCUUCUUGCAGAAGUUCCAUUUGGCUGUGUGAUGGCACAGUGCUGUGAAGGAGGCAGGAAAG